CAAACAAACAAAAACAUUUGCAAAUAGAAGAUAUGCUAAAGAAGAAAUACACUGUGUCAAAACUUGUGGGAUGCAGCUAAAGCAGGGCUCAGGUGGAAACUUUGGUUGUGUUUUUGAGACAAGGUCACCUUAUGUAGUCCAGUUUGGCCUUUAACUCAGGGAUCCUUUUGCCUCAGCUUCCCAAGUGCGGGGAUUACAGGCAUGUACAGCCUAUCUGGCUGAAAUUUAAAGUUUUAAAUACUAUUUGAGAUGAGAACGGUGUCAAAUAAAGAUUGUAGACUUUCCCUUAAACCUGAAACUAAAUGAAACUCAAGUAAUGAAAAGAAAAGAUGAGAGAGGAAAUCAGUGAAAUAGAAAACUCAAACAUAAGUUAUUUGAAAGAUUAACAAAACUGAAAAAUUGACAAAAAAUUAGAGAACACAUAAAUUGCAAAAAAGGAAAUCUCUACUGAUACUGCAGAAGUUAAUAGGACUUAGAAUAGUAGGAAAACCCUGUAGUAAACAGAUAAAUUCAAUGGACAAAUUCCUAGAAAACCAGAAAUCAGUUAAAUUGACUCAAAAAGAGAAACACAACCUGCAUGGUGGUGUGCACCUGUAAUCCUAGCCACUCAGUAAACUUAGAUAACUUGACAGAGCAUUAGUAAGGAUAAAAGAGAAAGCCAUCAUUCAGCCGAAUCUGCUACUUACAGAACGUGUCACCAGUAUUUUUUCAGAUGCUCAAAGAACAUUCUUCAGAAUAUAGCAUAUCUGGGCCAAGGAGUCCCUGAGCCUGGGACUUCUGGGCAAAAUAGCAAGACACUCAUGUGACACCGGGUUCACCUGGUAGUCUUCAGAUCAGCUGAUCAGCAACAUCGGUUCCCUCUUCUAACCCAGUCACAGCUUCCAGGGAUUAGGGCAUAGGCACCUGUGGGGGGGGGUGGAUUAGCUGUCACAGAAUUUAUGCAAAGCAUACAGCCAGCACCAUAAUCAAUGGCGAAUGACUGAACUCUUCCUUCUAAAAUUCCACAAGGUACAGACAGCCAUGGGCAUGCAGUAAGGGACACAGUAAGACAAGACAGUAAAUCUAUAAAAAGGAAAAAAUUAGAAGUGUCCUUGUCUGCAGAUGAAAUGACUCUAAAUGUAGCAAAUCCUAAGGAAUACAAAUUCACAGGCAUCUGAAAUGGGAAUGUCUCACAGAAUCCUGGAUACAAGAUCAUAAAUUCAGUGUAUUUCUAUAUACUAAUCCAGAAAUGAAAUUAAGAAAAAUCCAUUCACAAUAUCACUAAAACUAGUAAAAUAUUUAACAACUGUUUAACAAAAGAAAUAUGAGAGUUUUGUUUUCUUUUACCUCCCUUCCAACCCUCCCCUUCCCUUCCUACUUCUUUAUCCUCAGCAGUAACAGGGAUUGAGCUCAAGGGCCUUGGUAUUCAGCUAUAUUCUCUCUCUCUCUCUUUUUUUUUUUGAGACAGGGUCUCACUUUGUAGUUUAGGGGACCUUGAAUUCGCUGUGUACUCCAGGCUGGCCUUGAACUCACAGCAAUCAUCCUGCUUCAUCCUUCAGAGUGUUGGGAUUACAGGCUCACACCAUCAUACCCGGCUCCAACCUCUUAUUUUUGAGACACGCUUUCACUAAAUUGUAUAAGCUAGGCUUGAACUUGCAAUCCUCCUACCUCAGUCACCCAAAAUGCUGGGAUUACAGGCAUAUACUACCAUACCUAGCUAGAAGUCUAAGAUUUAUAUACUGAAAACACAGGACAGAGUUCAGUGGCCAAGUACUUGCCUAGCAUGUGCAAAGUUCUGGGGCUCCAUCCCUCAGGGCUCUGUGAUACCAAAAAAUAAACAAACUGAGGAUACUUAAGAGAAAUUAACAAGUAAAUGGAAAAAUGUUCUGGGUCCACUGAGUAUUACUGAGGUACCAUUUCUUAGCAGGCCCUGUGCAGUUGCUUCAAAAUUCCAGCAGGUUUUUUAAAAAGAAAGUAACAUAGAAAGACUGUAAGACCCAAAAAAGUUUUGAAAAAGAACAAAUUUGUAGGACCUCAGACUACUUGAUUUUAUAAUUCACUAUAAAGUCAUACUAAGAAAAUGUGGAAGUAGACACUUUUCCAUUUUGUAGGGCAGGUUCUGAAUGUCUUGAGAGUCUGGAACCCUACACUCACAGCCAGCACUUCCUAUGAAAGAUGCCAUGACAUUCCCGUGGGGAAAAGGCAACUCUUCCUGGCAAAUGGAGUCAGAAGACUCAGACAUGUGCAUGCAAAACAUAGUUAAGACUCCCUUCACAGCACAUGUGUAGGUAGACUCAAAGCAGAUCAGAGAACUAAACACAAGUUUGGCAUGGUGGUGCACAUCUGUGAUCCUCACUACUUGGAAGGAUAAGGCAGGAGAUUUCUAAGAUUGUGCCCAGCCUAGGCAACUCAGUGAGAACCUGUCUUAAAAAAAAAAACAAAAAACACAAGAAAACCCCAAACCAAAAAUAACCUAAACAAAGUUGGCUAAAACUGUCAAACUUUCAGAGGAAGAUGUACUAGAAAAUGUGGGAUCUUAGGUUAGGCAGAUUUCCUAGACAUGACACCCCAAUUACGUGGCAUAAGAAGAAAAAUUGGUACUUCUUCAAUUCAAAGGGUGAUGUUUUUAAAAAACAGACAGACAAAGAGUGGGAAAAAUAUUUUCAAGUCUUAGAAAUCUAGAGGUAGGGGCCAGGGAUUUAGCUCAGUGGCAUAAGUGCCAAGCACAAGGUCAUGAGUUCAAACCCCAGUACUGCAAAAAAAAAAAAAAAAAAUCUAGAGGAGGUACACGUGUGAGUCUGAGGCAGAAGGAUUGCUGUGAGGCCAGUAGGGUUCCAUACACAGUGAUUUCAAGGCCAGCCUAAACCUCACAGCAAGAUGCUGUCUCAAAAAUCAAUAACUAUCCCCCCAAAAUAUGUAUCUAGUAACAAAGCUAGUUAUCGUGACACAUACCUGUAAUCCCAGCACUCUGAGAGACUGAGGCAGGAACAGAGCCCCAAUUUGAGGCCAGCCCUGGACAAUCUGGUGACUUAGUGAGACCCUCUCUCCAAAAAAAAAAAAAAAAAAAAAAAGCAGGCAUGAUGCAUGCUUGUCAUUCCAGUACUAGCCUGAGCUACACAGCAAGAUCCUGUCUCAAAACAAAACAAAACAAAACCUGAAAAGAAAGAAAUGUAAUAAAUAAAAAUAAAAUGAAAAAAGGGCUGGGGAUGUAUCUUAAUGUGAAGGCUCUAGGUUUAAUCCCCAAUACCAUACACACACAUGCAUAGACUCCCAAAAAGUGCAAGUCUUGAAUACACUGUUUCAACAAAGAAGGUAUAAGAAUGGUCAAUAAAUACAUGAAAAGAAUUUUCAUGGAAAAGCAAAUUACCAGAAUAGGUAAAAAAAAAAAAAAAACACCAUCACCACAAAAUAUAAAAACAGUAGCUGUGGAAUAACUGCAACUCACAUACUCUGUGAAAGGUUGCCUGCCUCCAAAAACAAACAAUCUCUCCAAGACAAUGAAACGUGUCUGCAUAAGGACCUGUGUAUGGACAGUGACACUGUUCAGUGACCCUAGGAUGGAGGUGAUCAGUGUCGUUCAGGUGGACAAGGCGCAGGGGAUCACUCAGCCACGACACAGAAUGAGGCACUGACAGGAUGCAGCGUGGAUGAGCACAACAGCAUCGCACUCAGGGACAGAGAGAAACAGAUAGACUGAGCAGCCGGUACUGAGCGGUAGUCACAGUGGGGCAGAGACACACGCAGCUGACCUGGGGUGUGAGCAAGGCUCUGGCUGUGCUUCAUGGACAGAAAUCACCGAUACAGCUGUUUGGGGAAGAGCGCAGGGUAAGGUGGCAAAGUACUGUUAAUAAUUUGUUAUCCACUUAUCCCACUUAUCCUUAUCUCAAAAAAUGACUCUAGCCAAGACACAGAAAUGAAGUUGAGGAAUAAAAGGUAACAGAACAGCAUUAAAAAUAGCAACUCUAUAAAAAAUAGAUAUCUACAAAAUACUAUUGAGAGAAACGGACAACCUACAGAAAAGAGCGAAUGAAUGUGUCUGUAGGGCUGGGGAUUCAGCUCAGCAGCAUAAGCACUUGCCUGGCGAGUAGGAGAUCAUGAGUUCAAUCCCUGGUACUAAAAAAAAAAAAAAAAAAAAAAAAAGUAGGAUUCAAUGAAUGUGUCUGAGAGUCACAGACCAAUCCUGAGGGAGUGGUCAGGAUGCAGGCUCCUUGCCUUGUUUUACAAACUAAGGACUCUAAAGAAAAACACACACACACUUACUCUCACACUCAAUGGAGUACUACUUAGUAAUAAAGAAGGAUAAGCUUCCUUAUAGAUCUAUCUAUAGGAAAAUGGAUGGAUAUUGAGACCAUAAUGUUGAGAUAAAUCAAACACAGGUUAAAAAUCACAUGGUUUCUCUAAUAUGAGAAACCAAAAAUAUAAAUAAUUUAAAGAACAAAAUAAGAACCAGGAGACAAGCUCUGUGGACACAUGAAGGGCAUCUGUAGAAGGAAGGAAAGGCGAAGGCAGGGAGAGUAAAAAUGAUCACGCUGGGGUAUGUAUACGUACCAGUCCCCCAAGGUGAAUGUAAUUACUACAUAUCACCAACACAUACUAUACUAAUUAACAACAGCAACAAAAAAAUAGCUGCCUCCAAAGUAUAUGGAAAUACAAGCAACCAGGAACCAGUCUGCUCUCCGAGGAAGCUGAUGACCUGCCCCACCAGCCAUCAAACUUAAAGUCCCCACAACAGGUAGUGUGCCACUGCUUAAGACGUAGGCCCGCGGGAGUGACUGGAGGCCAGAGGGUGCUGGUCACAAGUGGACCCUUGAGCCAGGAGGAGUUAUGAUGGCCACAUGACUAAGCAGGGCAGAGGCAGCUGCAAUUUAAAUGGGAGAACCAAACCCUCCAUGAGUGGGUGAGACAGUGGGCUGCUGAUGACAAGUAAAAGAGUGUUUGUGGGACACCUCGAGACAACACACCUGAGUCUACAUGCAAAUAGGACUCAGAACCAAGAGUCUAGCCAGCUGGACUAUGUAAUAAAUUAUAAAAUUUGGCACUUUUGCCAUGGGGGUUGGUGGGAAUGAAUGUAUCUGAUAAAACUAGAAACUUACCUGAAUCAGGAAGAUGAAAAGGCCCAAAGUGCAAGAGACAUAGCUCAGCUGAUGGGUCCUGUCCAAGCACUUUUGACAUCUCCUGGAUCACACUAAAGGGUAGCCGAGGGAAACAAGCAAGAGACAGGGAAAAGCUGCAGCAUUGCGGGGCUUACCCGCAUCUAACUCCACAAAGCUGGACUCGGGGUAUAAAAUGACAGCGGCACCAUGUCUCCUUUCCCAGUCCUUCUGGGACACGAGGGGGUGCAUCCUCACUCCAGCCUUGUUGGUUCCCAGAAGAGGCUGUGGCCAUGGCCUCAGAGCCUGCUGAGGCCGCACUUUGCUGAGUAAACUGCUCUGUGGCUCUGGGUGUGGACUUUCUCCCUGUGGAUCUAUAAUUUCUCAGAACAGAGGUUGAGGAAUGACCUGGAAAAUAGCCCAGAGAUGGGCCAGCAUGAUGGGCUUCAGGUCCCACUCCCUCUGCUUCACCAGGGGCUGUUCAAGAAUCCCCCAGACCUCUAUGUGCCUGCCUCUCCUCAGAUCUGGUUGUGCCUCUGACAGCCCGUACUGCACAUGUGUGUCCUUACCACCCAAAGCAGGACAGACAGAGCUGAAGCAUCCACUGGGGUCCAGGAUGGCGGCCAGGUCCCAAAAGUGUGCUAUGGGUAGGCAUGGGGGAACCCCUACAGCAGAAGUUUUUCUGACCCGACUCCUUGGAGGCCUCCAACCAGACCUUGUACUUAUCAGCCAGGUCCCUGUGGUCUCUGCACACAAAAGAGGGUGACUGAGGGGUGGUCAGGCCCAUGCUGGAGCCUUGGAGGCCAGCGCAAAGUAGCUGGGGGCCCUAGUGCUGGCCUUGAAGCCUCUCCCCCAAGAGGACAGGGCAGGAAAAGCAAACAUGAGAUGGCCAGUGGCCCUGCCAGGUGUUCCUAGAAGAGGCCUCAGGGGAGGGGCCAUGAAUAGACAUCAGCUGACCUUGAGGUCACAGGAGGGGCUGAGGCUGGACCUAGGCCCGGCAGCUGGCGGCAGAUCCUUACUUGGGCUGUUAGGAAACCCCAGUGCGGGCGGGCAGCGUGCUGCACAGACAGGCGGGGCAUCAGGGAACUAAAGUGGCACCUGCUUAACCCCAAAACAGCCAUCAGCUCAGUCUGGGGGUGAGUGGUGGGAUUUCUAAGACCUCAGGUGCUACCCAAGGACCCCUCUUCUUGGGGUUGGAGCUGUUGGGACAGUGGGUCCUCCAAAUCUGCUAUGAGCACUGGCUCCUUGAAGGUUACUCAGAGAAGGGGACUUGUGCUGACACUGGCCACCCGGCACGAGGGAGUUAAUGGAGCUGAGACCUUGGGGCAGGGCCAGCCGACAGCUGCCCAACAGCAGGGAAGCCAGAGGGCAGGAGCAGCCAGCCCACCAGACCGCCUUUGCACACUCUGCAUGCGGGAUGGCCCUGAGGAAAGGAGGCCUGGCCCUGUUGGUGCUGCUAGUCUGGGUAGCACUGGGGCCCCAUGGCAGCCUGGAGGGAGCAGAGCCCGGAACCCUGGCAGAGGUUGAGGGCCCACAGUGUCCGGCCACAUGUGCCUGCAGCCAUGACUAUGUGGGUGAGCUUCAUGUCUUCUGCAGUGCAAGGAACCUCACGAGGGUGCCUGAUGGCAUCCCAGAUGGCACCAGGGCCCUGUGGCUCGAUGGCAACAACCUGUCCUCCAUCCCCCCAGCAGCCUUCCGGAAUCUCUCAGGCCUUGACUUCCUUAAUCUGCAGGGCAACCUGCUUGGCACCCUGGAGCCACAGGCAUUGCUGGGCCUGCAGAACUUGUACCACCUGCACCUGGAGCAGAACCGGCUACGGAGCCUGCUGGCUGGCUCACUUGUGCACACACCAGGCCUUGCUUCAUUAAGCCUCAGCAACAACCUGCUGGGCAGGCUGGAGGAGGGCAUUUUUCGAGGCCUCACCCACCUCUGGAUUCUCAACCUCAGCUGGAACAGCCUGGUAGUGCUGCCUGAUGCUGUGUUUCAGGGCCUAGGCAACCUCCGUGAGCUGGUACUGGCAGGCAACAAGCUGGCCUACCUGCAGCCGGCGCUCUUCUGUGGCCUGGGUGAGUUACGGGAGCUGGACCUGAGCAGGAACACACUGCGAAGCAUCAAGGCCAAUGUCUUUGUGCAGCUACCGAGACUCCAGAAGCUUUACCUAGACCGUAACCUCAUCACAGCGGUAGCCUCUGGCUCCUUCCUGGGUAUGAAGGCUCUGCGCUGGCUGGACCUGUCUCACAACCGCAUGGCCGGCCUCCUGGAGGACACUUUCCCUGGGCUGCUGGGCCUGCAUGUCCUACGCUUGGCACACAAUGCCAUUACUAGCCUGAGGCCCCGUACUUUCAAAGACCUCCACUUCCUGGAGGAGCUGCAGCUUGGCCACAACCGUAUCCAGCAGUUGGUGGAGAAGACAUUCGAGGGCCUGGGGCAGCUGGAGGUGCUUACGCUCAAUGACAACCAGAUCCAGGAGAUCAAGGUGGGUGCUUUCCUUGGCCUCUCCAAUGUGGCUGUCAUGAACCUCUCCGGCAACUGUCUCCAGAACCUCCCAGAGCAGGUGUUCCAGGGCCUAGGCAAGCUGCACAGCCUGCACCUAGAGGGCAGCUGCUUGGGGCACAUCCGCCUGCAUACCUUUGCUGGCCUCUCAGGGCUGCGCCGGCUUUUCCUCAGGGACAACAGCAUCUCCAGCAUUGAUGAGCAGAGCCUGGGUGGACUGCCCGAGCUCUUAGAGCUCGACCUCACCUCCAACCAGCUCACACACCUGCCCCGCAGGCUCUUCCAAGGCCUGGGCCAGCUGGAGUAUCUGCUUCUUGCUCGCAACCAGCUGUCGGCACUUCCCUCAGACAUCUUGGGGCCCCUACAGCAAACAUUCUGGCUGGACCUUUCACACAACCACUUAGAGGUGCUGGCCGAGGACCUCUUCUCACCACUGGGGCAGCUGCGCUACCUCAACCUCAGAAACAACUCCCUACAGACCUUUGUGCCACCUCUUGCCAACCUGGAACGCCUGUGGCUUGAGGGCAACCCAUGGAACUGCCGUUGCCCCCUGAAGGCACUGCGGGACUUUGCCUUGCAGUGUCCCAGCGUUGUGCCCCGUUUUGUGCAGGCUAUGUGUGAAGGAGAUGAUUGCCAGCCUGUGUACACUUACAACAAUAUCACCUGCACCAGCCCGGUCAACAUCUCAGGCCUCGACCUGCGGGAUGUUAGUGAGACUCAUUUCAUGUACUGUUGAGCCAGGUUUGCUGGCCUCAGUGCUCCUGCUGGACUGGCCCUGGCCUUUAGGAUGGGUCUUCACUGUACCAAGCUAUGGGGACCAACCCCGGGCUGUUUACUCCCUGGGGAACAGAGUCUUGGCAGCUGAGUGACCCAGGCUCUGAAGACGUGGGCACUGGUGGGUGCCCAAAAACCUGACCAAUAGGGUGGGGGCCUAGCAGCCCUUUCCAGCGUCCACAAUUAAAAGAGUGUGGCCUUGAAAAUUAAGCUGAAGGAAA